ACACCACAUACUCAUCUUCCCUAAUUCUGUUAAGAAUCAAUCUCCACCGUCAGAUCUGGGCCAUGGGCCGCGACGACAUGGCAGCGAUCUCCAGCUGCCACGUGGUGGCCGUGCCCUACCCAGGCCGUGGCCACAUCAACCCCAUGAUGAACCUCUGCAAGCUCCUAUCAUCCUAUCAAGGCCUAAUCAUAACCUUUGUGGUCACUGAGGAAUGGCUCGGCUUCAUCGGCUCAGAUCCGAAGCCGUCCAACAUACGGCUCCGCUCCAUACCCAAUGUCAUCCCAUCAGAGGUGGGCCGCGGGUCCGACUUCGCUGGCUUCAUCGAAGCCGUCUACACCAAGAUGGGCGAUCCAUUCGAGCAACUCCUAGAUCGGCUUGAUCAGCCGAUCAGCUGCAUCAUAGCCGAUACUUACCUGCCUUGGGCCGUUGAGAUCGGCAAUCGGAGGAGAAUUCCAGUGGCAUCGCUUUGGACGAUGUCGCCGGCCGUGUUUUCCAUCUUGCAUCACUAUUAUCUGAUCAUGUCCACUCUGCAUUUAACGGCUGAUGAUGACUUAUCAGAUAGAAGAGAAGAGCUGCUUGACUGCAUCCCAGGCAUCACUUCCAUUAGAGUAAGAGAUCUGCCCAUCAUUUCUAUUUCAAAGGAUUCAAAAGUCCUAAGCCGAGCCCUAGAAGCCUUUCAAUGUGUGCGCAAAGCACAAUGCCUUAUGUUCACUUCCUUCUACGAGCUGGACACUCAUCCAAUAGACGCCCUAAGAGCAAAACUCCCCUUCCCCAUCUACCCUGUGGGGCCCACCAUCCCAUACAUGUCCUUUCAGGACACAUCCCCCAACGGCACAGAUCACAGCCAAGUUGAUUACUUCAAGUGGCUCGAUUCUAGACCGAGAUGUUCCGUGCUGUAUGUAUCAUUAGGCAGUUUUUUACCCGUCUCCGGUCCACAGAUGGAUGAAUUUUUCUUGGGGUUGCGCUGGAGUGGGGUCCACUUCUUGUGGGUUGCACGUGGGGACGCCCGAAGGCUACAAGAGGCUGCGAUGAUCAACGACGAUAUUAGCCUAGUAGUGCCAUGGUGUGAUCAAUUGAGGGUCUUGUGCCAUCCUUCCAUUGGAGGCUUCUUAACACAUUGUGGGUGGAAUUCUACUAUGGAAAGUGUCUUCGCCGGCGUGCCAAUGCUUACAUUUCCACUAUUUUGGGACCAAAUCACAAUUGCUAAAUCAAUAAUUGAAGAUUGGAAAGUUGGCAUCAGAUUGAAAAAUGUUGGAGAGGAGAAUGUGGUCAAGUCAGAUGAAAUUGCUCGGACUGUGCAUAGAUUGAUGGACUUAGAUGGAGAUGAGAGUAAAGAGCUGAGGAGAAGAGCUAGAGAACUACAAGAGUUUUGCAAGAGAGCGAUAUCAACAGGCGGCUCAUCCAUUGCUAGCUUGGACACCUUUGUUAGAGAUGUUGUUAUAGGCCACAACGAUUAGGCCAAUCGUCGGCAAUUAAAUGUUGUUUAAUUAGUUUAAGACCAUAACAAUCGGCCUGAAAUUGUUCUAAAUUUAGAGAUUGUGUAAUUUUUAGAUUUCAAUUUAGCUAUGUGUUGUGCUC